GUCGCAACCUGUGUUUAGAAAUCAUCGUCGUCGUCAUCACUGUUGUUUUGUGGAAUUUGUGGUUAAGAGUUGUAGCCGACUACAUCGCGAUGUUUUCUUAUCUGGAUUUGUAGUUUUUUGUUUUAGCAUAAUGGGAUUCUUCAUCUUCUUCCAUAGUUUUCUACUGAAGGUCCUGCAGGUACGCUUUCAGCCAUGCUCUAGACGAUCUUCUGUGUAAAGGGAGAACCUGGGGAAUGCUGAAAGAUGUGCAUCACGAUUUGGAAUUCUGUCUCUGAAGUCAAGGAGAUUGUCAAAUUACUAGAGAAAUCCUUUUUUGUUCUUGGUGAGACAGGAUGUGGAAAUAGAAGUUCAUAUGCUCGUUGUUCCCAAAAGCAAUAUGGGCCUACUUGCCAUGGUAGAAUGCCUGUUGUUGAUCUUUGUGAAGAUGGUUGAGUGCUUAUAAUACUAAUAUACUUCCUGCCCUGUACUUUAGAUUACUUGUGUUGGCAGGAGUAAAUAUUGUGGUUUUGUUUUGCAUUAGUAUAGUUUUCGAUGGAAAAUAACUCGAAGGUGUUGAUGCAAAGAUAUGAAUUAGGGAGAUUACUAGGCCAAGGCACUUUUGCGAAGGUUUAUUAUGCGAGGAGUAUAAGAAAUAAUCAAAGCGUGGCCAUUAAGGUAAUAGACAAAGAAAAGGUGUUGAAGGUUGGGCUCAUUGAUCAGAUCAAGCGAGAAAUAUCUGUUAUGAGACUGGUUAGACACCCCUAUAUCAUACACCUCUAUGAGGUCAUGGCCACCAAGACCAAGAUUUACUUUGUCAUGGAAUAUGCCAAAGGGGGUGAACUGUUUAAUAAGGUGGCUAAAGGAAGGCUAAAGGAGGAUGUUGCACGAAAAUAUUUUAGGCAGCUAAUUGAUGCCGUUGAUUUCUGUCACAGUCGGGGUGUUUAUCAUCGAGAUAUAAAGCCAGAGAAUCUAUUACUGGAUGAAAACGAGGAUCUAAAAGUCUCUGAUUUUGGGUUAAGUGCCCUUGCUGACUCCAAGCGCCAAGAUGGGCUACUCCAUACCACCUGUGGCACUCCUGCAUAUGUCGCUCCUGAGGUCAUUAACAGGAAAGGCUACGAUGGGGCCAAAGCUGAUAUUUGGUCUUGUGGAGUGGUUCUCUAUGUCCUUUUGGCUGGUUAUCUCCCGUUUCAUGAUUCAAAUUUGAUGGAGAUGUAUCGGAAGAUUGGAAAAGCAGAAUAUAGGUGCCCUAAUUGGUUCCCACCAGAAGUGCGCAGGCUGCUGAUGAAGAUGUUGGAUCCAAACCCCAGUACUAGGGCUUCCAUAGAAAAGAUCAAGGAAAGUUCAUGGCUCAGAAAAGGACUGAACUCUAAACUUAUUAAAUCUGUAUCUCCUUCAGAUCUGAAUGCUUCUGGUCCCUGUGAGAAUAGCAGUAUGACUGCUGACUCAAAGCAAGAGUCAGCUAGACCUUCAAGCUUGAAUGCUUUUGAUAUCAUUUCCCUAUCAGCUGGGUUUGAUCUUUCUGGCUUAUUUGAAGUAGAUUGUCAAAGGAGAGAAGAAAGGUUUACUUCCAGAAAACCUGCCUCAGUCAUCAUCUCUAAGCUGGAAGAAAUUGCUAAGCAUCUGAGGAUGAAAGUGAUGAAGAAGGAGGCAGGUUUGUUAAAGUUGGAGGGAAUGAGGGAAGGUAGGAAGGGGAUAUUGUCCAUUGAUGCAGAGAUCUUUGAGGUCACUCCAUCUUUUCAUUUGGUGGAGGUUAAGAAAGCAAAUGGAGAUACCAUAGAAUAUCAGCAAAUAGUGAAAGAGAAUAUAAAGCCUGCUCUAAGAGAUAUUGUUUGGGUAUGGCAAGGUGAGCAACAGCAGCAACUGCCAGAGCUGCAGCAGCCACAGCAGCAGCAGCAACAACAGCAGGAGCAGCAUCAGCAACAAGAACAAUGAAAACACAUUGCCAGAUUUCCCAUGGCAUCUUAUGCUUGAUUUUUUAUUGAUAAUCUGCCUUUUUUUUGCUGUUGUAUUUGUCCUUGUGAGUGUUGUUCUCCCUAACUCUAUAUAUUUGCGGUGUUUGUUGUAUAUGCUUGAUUACUUUUUUUUUUUUCCCCCAAAAGACACACAAAAACAUCAAAUGCAAUUUUCUGGUAUUGUUUUUCA